AUGAGUGAAUGCCAUGAAGGUUAUAUCCAUUGGAUAUACAAGCUUUUUGGUAAUUGUGUCGCAACUCCCAAAGAGCAAGCAAGCUUUGGCAUUGGAAUGGUAUCAAAUUGCAUCUGGCUUAUCUGUUCAAUUCCUCAAAUUUAUCAUAAUUUUAAAACAAAGCACGUCGAAGGACAGAGUCCAUUCUAUUUUAGCUUAAUGGUUGUAGCAGAUUCUUUAAAUUUAAUUGGAGCUCUCAUUGUUCAUGCUUUGGCAACUCAAAUCGUCACAGGUUUUAUAUAUGUAACAGUUGAUUUCAUUUUACUUACUCAAUUUACAUUAUAUAAAGGCUGGCCAUGCCAAAGAAAGAAAACUCACGAUACACUUGGAUAUUCAAGUGAUAUAUCUCAAGUUUCAUUACUUACAGCUUCAGUUGCAACAGCAGCAGUUGUUGCAAUCGAUUACUCAGCACCAUACCGCGGAUCAAAACUCUUCGGCUCAGUUUCAGGAUGGAUAGGUUCGGGAUUAUACAUUUCAUCUAGGAUUCCCCAGCUUAUUAAGAAUAUUGAGAGGAAAUACAUCACUGAUUUCAGUCCUUUUUAUAUCUUACUUAUUGUAACAGCAAAUGCAACUUAUUCUUUUUCCGUUUUCCUCUAUAGUUUAGAUCCUGAAUAUCUUUGGGCACAAACUCCAUGGAUUGUUGGUUCUCUUACACCAAUGAUGUUUGAUUUGACAACUUUGAUCCAAAUUUGCAUUUUUGGAAGGCAUCCACCUGCUCCAGCCCAAAAAGAAUUAUAUAUUGACGGAUAUUCUCCUCAAUAA